AUGUACUCGACAAGGAGGAUCAAUGCCCUGGAGUCAAAGGUGAACGAGCUCAUGGACGCUCGUCAUGCUACGCCAGUGCCUCCCACAAAUGCUGCUAGCGGUGUCAGGAAUGGCGAUGGUGGUGAUGACGAUGAUGUUGCCAAAGAUGUGGUUGAUUGCGGAUUUUUAACCAUGGAAGAUGCUGAAAGUUUUCUCUCUACGUUUAAAGUGAGAAUGACCGAGCAUUUCCCAUUUGUUGUGGUUCCACCCCAGACAAUGGCAGAGCAACUUCGCCGGGAGAGACCUGUACUCUUUCUCUCCAUCAUCUCGGCGGCCUCUCACUCAAACAUGCCUCUGCAGCGGAAAUUGGGAAAGGAGGUCAGGGCAGCUAUUGCCUCCCGGAUGCUCGUCAAUGGAGAGGUUUCCUUUGAUCUGCUGCAAGGAUUGCUGGUUUACCUAGCCUGGUGCCACUAUCACACACGGCCGUAUCGUUACACCCAGUUUCUCCAAUUAGCUAUUGGCCUCAUAGUCGAGCUACGGUUAGAUCGACCACCACGGACAAAAGUAUGGAAAUCGGGGAUCCGAUUCACAUCAGACUAUGACCCAGACGACAAUACUUUUACUAGACCGUCAUUGGGCCGUGAUGAGCAGAGGGCUGUCGCAGGUUGCUACUAUCUAUCUUCGACAAUCUCGGGGCUUUUGCAAAAACAGCCUACCUUUCCACACGUCACGUACCUCGAAGAAUGCUGCAAAUCUCUUUACGAUGCGGCUGAGUACCCGUAUGACAAAUCUAUCCACUACAUCGUUCAGCUCCAGCAUAUUGUGGAGAAGAUUGACCGUAUAUCCUUUCAGCACGGGAUGGAGUUGGAGAACCCUGGGUCAGCGAUUGAGCUUUAUGUCCUGAGCUUGAAAUCCGAGUUGGAGGCAUUCCGUGUCCGGUCGGGGUUUAUUUUGGACGAGUCACCCCUUAUUGCUAUCCAGUUUCACACUGCCGAGCUUUCCCUAUACCAGUUGAGCCUACUGGACAAACGCAGGCAGCAAUCUGGAUUUACGCAGACUACGCUAUUGGAUGAAAUGUUAUGUGCAGGCCGAAUGGCUGCACAAUCGAUUCUUAGACUCUAUCUUUCGCUGCCGCUUCACUCAGAAACCGCCUUCAACAACACUGAAUGGGUCCAGAUCGGAUUUGCUUUGAUUGUUGCAUGUAAACAAGCCGGAACGGCUUCUGCAACUGAACCGGCUGUCUUCCCCCGACAGAAGGAAUUACUCUCGAGCACUUUAACACGGUUAAAAAUGCGUGUAGCUGAACUAUCCACUGAUAAGGUCGACCUGAAUGGAGAUAGAGACGUUUUCUCAAAUUAUGUCGAUCGCGUUGCUCGGCUUCAAGUUUGGCUUGAUGUAAGAUUCGAGAAAACAGGCGACCCUGGCAUCAAUAAUGCUGCACCAGAAGAACUACGGACUAUAGAGGCUUCUCCCAGCUUAGAAAAUCAACAGUUAGCUGAUGCCUCGAGAGGUUUGUAUGACCUCCCGCCUUCCGAUUUCUCGCCUUCCGACUUAUUUGCCAAUAUGGCGAACGACUACCACUCAAUGGAGGAUGAUUUCACUUGCACUAUAGAUCAAAUGCUGAAUGACUGGAUGUGA